AUGUGUUCCAACCAAGACAACGUGCUCGUGUCAUUGGCGACAGAAGCCGAUGUCCCCUCAAUUGUCGAUGUAAUUUUCUCCGUCUUUGGCCCAGACACGGCCGAGAAUCGGGCAAGAAACACAAGAGCACUGAGGGCCGACAUACACGAGAACAGUGGCCUAAGAAUUGUCAAGGCCGAGCUACCUCGCGGAAAGGUCGUGGGCUUUUCAAUGUUCUUCCUUCCCAAUUCCAACACUGCGAAAGCACAGGCAACCACGCCGACACCGCUCCGACCUCCAGUCCCGUCGGACGAGACGUCCGAGUCCGUCCUCGAUCGGUAUUUCUGGGUCGAGGGUGGAGACUGCCAGGCCCGCGCCGCCGCCAUCGAUCGCUACGGCCGGCAAGAGAUUCAGCGACACGUCCAGGGCAGGGUGUGCGCCAAUGUCCAGAAUAUGUGCGUCUUGCCCGAAUGCCAAGGGCAGGGAAUUGGUCAUGCCAUCAUGGCGUGGGGCUGUCGCGAGUUUGACGAGCAGCGUGUGGAUGCGUACCUGGAAGCCUCGGUUGCCGGCGAACGACUGUACCGGAAAUUUGGAUUCGAGAUCAUCGGAAAGACGGACAAGGACUUUGGGGACGGAGUCAAGAUGUUUCACUAUCAUAUGUGGAGGGAUGCCAGGAUUUCUGCCUAG